ACGCAUUAUAUAACGAGCCACAAGUGGUGGUGGAGAGGUGAAAACGCAAAAUCGCAAUAUACACUAUAAAUAUCAACAAACGAUUUUAAAUGGUAAUGAAAAGAGUUUAAAGAGUGGUUUACCAUGAAAUCGUUACUGCUAGUGAUUUGUUGUUGCGCCUUUUACAAUGUGGUCCAAGGAAGAAGCUUACAACAAUUACCUGAAUAUUUACAGAAAUACAGCUGCAAGGAAUCAGAACCAGAUUACGGAAAAUGUGUCUGGGAAGGGUUUCACAAUGUCUGGCCUUUCUUCAUGAAAGGAAUUCCAGAAUUAGGAGUUCUAGGUCUGGAUCCCUUCCGAAUGAAAAUGUUUGCUGUUAACAGUACUGUUGGUAAUUUGAUAAAAAUAGAUGCUGUCUGUGAAAAUGCUGAAGUUACUGGAUUGGCAAAUACAGUCAUUCAAGACUUAAAGGCUGAUCCUAUUAAACACUACGGUGAAAUAAGAUUGUUUAUUCCAUGGAUGUAUGCAAAUUUUGACUAUGAUGUUAAAGGACAACUUUUGGUUAUUCCUCUAGAAAGCAAAGGACAUUUUGAAGGAAACUUCACUGAAACGCAGGUGUUAGUAAAAGGUGAUUUAAAAACUUACCUCAAGGAUGGGGUAGAAUAUUUUAAAACAGGCAAGCUUUAUCUAAAAGCUCGAAUUGGUAAUGGAUGGGUGAAACUGACGUCCCUAGAAAAGGAAUUCCAAUAUGCAGCUGAUAUAAUUACCGAUUUCUACAAUGAAAAUCCCCGUCGAGUUAUGGACGCUAUUAACCCUAUAUUCAUCCAAUAUUCCAAAGCCUUUGCAAGGCAAGAAAUGGAUAAAAUUCUAUCAAAACUUCCUGCUGCAGCAUGGAUACCUAAAUAAUCAAUUCAAAGUUUUCCAAUUAUAUACCAUUACCUUUAGAAAGUUGGGAAAUGUAGAAUUGUUUUGUUAAAGUUCAAAUGUAAUAAAAAGGGUUUUUAUAAUUUUCGAAAUAAACAUAUACAAUAAAACCA